AUGCCGUCAUUAAUUCCAAUAGGAACAUUUGUACUGGCUAAAUGGCCAUCAACAUCAAAUUAUUAUAAAGCUCGUAUUAUUGAUUAUACUGAUGAUAAUAAUUAUGUUUGUCAAUUUUUGGAUGAAAGUGUUGUUGCUUUACCGUCGAAAUAUGUUGGUUUACCCGAAAAAUUUCAACGUACAACAAAAGAAAUUAGUCUUAUGCAUAAUGAACAAAUAUUUGUUGAUCGUUCUUUAACAUUUAAUUCAAUAAUUAUUUCUCUUAGUUGGAUAGCUAUAUUUUUAUACAUCCAAUAUAGUUUUUAUCAUAAUCCUGAUCUAGAUAGAUCAACUAGAUCAUCAAAUCGUACUCUAUUUCAACAAUAUCCUACUGUUGUUAUUCAAUAUCUUUUAUUAUGGUUUAUAUUACAAUUAAUUUUUGCUCGAUAUUUUCCACAUAUUGGUAGAGAACAACUUACUUAUAUGAAAGAAUCUCAUCCAAAUAUUUAUUAUAAACAUCGUGCAAAUAGUUUAUUGGCUUUUAUAAUUACGUCUUUAUUUUGCCUUGGGAUUGCACUUACAUUUAGUCUUAUUUUAUUAACUAAUAAACUAUUUUCUCAUUAUUAUUCAAUAUCUAUCAAUGAGAUUGAUCAUAAUCAAAAACGAACUCAAUUUGAUUUUCAUUUAUUUCUUUCAAUUCGUCCAGGUAUUAUUCUUUGGCCAGCACUUAAUCUUCUUUUAUUCUUAACUAUUCUCAAAUAUAAUCGUCAAAUAUCGAUACGUUUUGCACUUUCAAUUCUUCUUCAAACUAUCUAUAUUAUUAAUGUAUUUGUUAAUGAAACUUCAAUGAUACGUCAAUCAUUAGAUAUUUCACCUCCAUCAUCGUUCGAUGCAACUUUUACUAACCUCUGUUGGGUACCUUUCAUGGCAACACUUACUUCUUUUUAUAUUGGAAGCAGCAAUCGACCAGUUCAUACAUAUAGUCUUUUUCUGGCUGUCGUACUCUUUAUCCUUGGUUUCUUAUUACAAUGUCUAGCUAUGCGUCAACGCACUGCAUUCCAAACAAUGAACAAUACCAAUCUAGUUGAUUCUGUCAUGGUAAAUGAUACGCAACGAAUACUAACAAGUGGUUGUUGGCGAUGGUGUCGUCAUCCUCAUUUACUAGCUGAAAUAUUUAUGGUCAUUGGUUGGUCACUACCAGCUGGUAUAAAUCAUUUAGCACCAUGGCUUUAUACAUUUUAUAUCAUCGGCAUGGCUAUAUACAAAGCACAUUAUUUCGAUCGAGCACUUCAAAAUACAUGUACAGAAGGUGCUUAUGAACAUUAUAUUGCACAUGUGAAAUAUACACUUAUUCCAUUUGUCUAUUAA